AUGGGUGACGCUCCAGAAGGUGCUCCAGAGGGUGCUCCAUCAGCCGUUCCACCAACUCUUAAUAUCGACCCACCAGCAGCUCAAGUUCCUGCUUCAGGUGGACAAUCUGUCCAUCAAGUGGCCAACCCAUGUGGUGUACGCUUAGCUUUCAAGGUGAAAUCGACAAACAACAAUGAUUAUCGCUUGAAGCCGGUAUAUGGAUUUGUUGAGGCGGGAGCUUCAGCUCCACUGGAAAUAACUCGUACUGCUGGGCCACCUAAAGAAGACAAGUUUGUGAUUCAGUUCAAAGAAGCUGCUCCAGAUGCUUGUGACGCUGCAGCUCUGUUCAAAGAAGGUCCUCCCACUGGCGAAGUUACCUUGCCCAUUAUGGCCCAAUAA